CCACUCAAUCAGAUUUUUCCACAUGAUAUGACUGAACCUCACAAAAUGUUGCCUAUUAAAAAUGGUCCAAUUCUCCCCUUAAAAAUGGUCACAUUCUUUUCAUUUUUGCAUCCUUAAUUGACUAUGGCUUCUAACAAGCUCAGUGCACUAAUCAUAUUGUUUUCUCUUCUUGCUUAUUCAACAUUUUCUCAUGCUUGUGGUACAUGCAAUCCAACUCCUAAACCUAAGCCUAGCCCUCCACCACCAAAACCUAAGCCUAGCCCACCACCGCCAUCACCUAAUGCUUGUCCUCCUCCUCCUCCCACUCCUUCAACAUCACCUCCAACUCCUACUCCUCCAACAUCACAAAAAUGUCCUAGAGACACAUUAAAGCUAGGUGUUUGUGCUGAUAUUCUAGGACAUAAUGUUAUUGUUGGAACUCCUGUUUCAAGCAAGUGUUGUGCAUUACUUCAAGGUUUGGCUGAUUCAGAAGCAGCACUUUGCCUUUGUACUGCCAUUAAGGCUAAUGUUCUUGGUAACAACUUGAAUAUUCCUAUCACACUAAGUCUCCUACUUAGUGCUUGUGAAAAAUCUGUUCCUUCUGGUUUCCAAUGUUCUUAGAAUCAUGUCAAAAGUACUUCAAGGGAUAUGCUUAGUACUCAUGUUACUAUACUUUCAUUGUUUUUCUUAUUUGGUGUGCACGGUCGAAAUAAAGUGAGUUUAACGAAAUUACAGUGAUACUAUGAUUUUGAUAAAACUAUAUAAUGUGUGGUUUUUUAUCAAAAUCACAGUGUGUAUGUGUACUAUAUUUAUUUUUAUGUGGAAUGAAUGUUCUUGUCAUAUUUAAAUUA